AUGCCUUAUCACCCUCUGCGCCAGAGUUCAAACGAUCAGCGAGAAGACGACAUGUCUGAAGCACUUCCUCCGCUCCGCAAGAAGUUAUCAUCGCAUACCAAGCGUGCUCUUUAUAUCACUCUCGUCUUUGCCCUCUUCUUGAGUAAUGCCGUCUUUGUGUGGCGCGAAGUCCAUCAUUUGCCCGGCCCUAGGGAGGAGCUGCCCUACUGGGGUUCUGAUCGGACUAUCUUGAAGCCUUUCCACUGGACUACAGCUUACUCGAACGAAAACAAGACCGAGACAAGCCCUCUUUGGGAAAGUCUUUUCCCAGUCGGGGAUGGGCUCGUGACGCUCGACGAUGGCUGGGCCGCUGCUCAGAAACUCCCAGCUAGCAUCAAGCGCUACAGAUCCUCCGCAGAAAGCAUCUACUUCGUGGCCGCAUAUCACCAACUGCACUGCCUUGUCUACCCCAAGCUACCCGUAGUAUCCACGCUCACGCUAAACUCCACCAAUACCGAUAUCAGCAACGCGACCUUCUGGGCCGGCGUGCAGACCUACCUCGCAGGGCUCGACGACUACACGGCCGCCGGGACGUCCUCCUAUUUCGUCCUGACCGCAGCCCAAGGAGGCGGGCUCUCGUUCCGGCUAAGCCCUUGGUUCGCGCCGAACAUGACGCGAGCGCAGCUCGAGGGGCUCACUGCGCCCUUAAUCAGGGAACUGGAUGGUCUAGAAGUAAGUUAUCAAUUAGAAUAUAACGAGUUCACGAACUUCCUCGAUGCCUGGCGCGCCAGCUUCCCGCUCGAGACGGGCUACAGCUACACCGACGACUGGCGUCUAGGCAGCCACGAGGAGCGCCAGCGGAUCAGCGACGACUUCACAAACGUGCACCUGAAGAAAUGGCGGGACGCAGCGCCGGACUCGGGCGCGUACCUCAGCGAGGCGGACUACAUGGAGCCCGGGUUCCAGCAGAGCUUCUGGGGGAGCAGGUAUGAGCGCUUGUCUGCGCUGAAGCGGGAGCUGGAUCCGACGGGGCUGAUGUAUGCGCAUCUGGCGGUGGGCUCGGAGGACUGGGAGGCGGAGGGGACGGUGCUGGGGAUGCCGAGUCAGAGUGGUCGGUUGUGUCGACGAGAGUGA